UAGAUUCUGCGGCUCAGGAUUGCCCCAAAGAUUCAUCAUUGAUAGUUUCAUAGUAACCAUGGCCCUUUUCUCAUCAGCUCCUCCACCUCACUUCCCACCACUCUCUUCUUCUUCUUCCUCAUCCAAGCCCCACCUCUCCCACAAUCUCUCUCUAUCUUUCCUUCCCAAAAACCCUCACAAUCUCUCAGUCUUGGUUCCCGCGAGGGCUGUCAACGAUGGGUCUGCCCUAGCUUCCACAGCCGUCGCUGUUGAGCUGGAAAAUGCUCUAGAAAAGGCGAGCGAAGCUCCCGUGGCCGAUGGGGAAUCUAAUUCGACGGAUUCGAACUCGAAUGGGUCGCCGGCGGCAAUGUCACUGGGAAUGUUUCAAGAUCCCAGGUGGGUUGGAGGGACAUGGGAUUUGAAGCAGUUUCAGAUUGAUGGGAAAACCCAUUGGGAUGCUGUCAUUGAUGCUGAGGUUAGGAGGAGAAAAUGGCUAGAAGAUAACCCCGAGUCUUCAAGCAAUGAAGACCCUGUGGUUUUCGACACUUCAGUUAUUCCUUGGUGGGUGUGGAUGAAGAGGUUCCACCUUCCCGAAGCUGAACUCCUUAACGGCCGAGCUGCAAUGGUUGGUUUCUUUAUGGCUUACCUGGUGGAUAGCUUGAGUGGCGUAGGCCUAGUUGAUCAAACGGGCAAUUUCUUCUGCAAGACGUUGUUGUUCGUGUCUGUAGUUGGCGUUCUUGUGAUCAGAAAGAACGAGGAUAUAGAAGCGUUGAAAAAGUUGGUGGAGGAGACAACAUUGUAUGACAAACAAUGGAAAGCAAGUUGGCAAGAAGAGACGUCCGAGGAUCCUUGAAAGAACAUCUGCUGUAUAGUUCGGUUUUUUUUUUUUUCUUCGGGUUUCUUGGGUGAGCUCUGGAGAAAUUGUAUUUCAAUCUCUGUAUUAGUGAGAAACUUGUUGGUGUUUAUGUUUUUAGUAUUUCAUGUUCUUCAUUUGCUUCUCGUUUGAUUUCUACUAGGAUGAUGUUUAAUGAAGCUGAGUGCUAUAUAAAGAGAUUGCAUUUAACAUUA